AGAAAAUCUGCGUAUAAAGAAAUUAAAUACGAAAAUGACAUUUACCUACAUUAUUAAUAAAAAAUCGAAAACAAAUAUUUGUAAUAAACUAAAAUUACAGUGAAUAAAUAAAAAAAUAUGCAUUAUCAUAAAUUAGAACAUCUAGCACUCCUCGGUAUCGAUUUUUAAAACGUGUCGCAACUGAUGUGCACUGCUGCACAGCCAAGAAAAUGCCGGCUAAAUUUAUUGCAGUCGUAUCACUGUCGUGUUUACCAUUUUUGUUUACUUUAGACGGAGAUUUUGUUUUCGAUGAUUCUGAAGCGAUUGUGAAAAAUGAAGAUGUUACUUCGGAUUCGUGGACUGAACUAUUUACAAACGAUUUUUGGGGUGCAAAAAUUAAAUCAAAUUUAAGUCAUAAAUCUUACCGGCCCCUGACUGUUUUGUCGUUUAAGCUUAAUUACUUCCUGAACAAUAGAACUCUAUCGGCCUACCAAUUUAAAGUGACAAACUUAGUAUGUCAUGUUAUAUGUUGUUUGUUGGUGUGGAAAGUGUUUCAAACUCUUACAAGUCGUAAAGUCCUGUCCGUUGUUAUCAGUGAAAAUGAAAGACUAAGCAGGGAUUUAGAAAGCAACAAGUAUUGGUGGAGAAACACUGCAUUCCUGGCAACACUAUUGUUCACUGUGCACCCUGUCCAUGUGGAGGCUGUGUGUGGUGCAGUGGGCAGAGCGGACAUCCUGGCUGCUAUAACAUUUUUCCUCGCCAUUCUUUGCUACAGCAAGUCGCAAGCUAGACACUCGCGUGGAUACUUCUUUUUAUUAUCUACAGUAUUUUUAGCUGGUAUCUCUAUGUUAUUUAAGGAGAAUGGUAUUACAGUUUUGGGAUUCUGCAUAAUUUAUGAGAUAGUAACAAAGUUGAAGAUAAAUAGAAUAGAAAGUAGGACUGCUAAGAUUCUGAGCCUGGACAAUAUCACGGUGGACUCCAUGUUCAGGGUUAUGGCCAUCUUUACUAGUAUACUCUCCCUGAUGUAUGCUAGGUGGGCUGUGAUGGGGAACACAAAACCAGAGUUUAAGCCAACUGACAACCCUGCAGCAUUUGCCCCCACUGCAUUUGCUAAAGUAGCCACACACAACUACAUAUACUUUUUGAAUCUUCUGUUGUUUGUGUGGCCUCAGUGGUUGUGCUAUGAUUGGUCAAUGGGAUGCAUUCGACUGCUUGAAAAUAUGAGUGACAGUAGAAUUGUGUUAGUAUACACCAUGUAUCUGUAUGGUUUGUACACGCUGGAAACCAUGUACAGUGGGAGAAACAUGAAGAUAACUAACAGAAUAAUGUUCUUGGCAAUAUCUCUGGUAGUGUUGCCAUUUCUGCCUGCUGCUAAUAUUUUGUACCCAGUUGGCUUCGUGAUUGCCGAGAGGAUUUUGUAUAUACCAUCGGCUGGAUACUGUCUCCUGGUAGCCGUUGGAUUCAAUAAACUUUUGGACAGGAGGUCGACAAAAUUCCGCAAGAUUGCUCUGUUUUCGUUCAUGUCAGUGGUGAUGCUAUACGGUGUGUGGAGCUGGCGUAGAUCGCUGGACUGGCAAAAUGAAUACAGUCUCUUCAUAAGCGGAAUGGCAGUCUGCCCCUUAAAUGCUAAGGUUCAUUACAAUGUUGCGAAGAUCGCUGAUGCGAAUAAACAAUAUGAUAUGGCUAUAUCUGAAUAUAAAGAAGCUAUAAGGCUAUACCCACAAUAUUAUCAAGCAAUGAACAAUUUGGCGAAUUUACUUAAAAAUCGAAAACAAUAUACAGAAGCUGAACGUUACUUAAGAUUGGCUGUGAAAAACAGGGAGGAUUUCCCAGCUGCUUGGAUGAAUUUGGGCAUACUUUUAGCUUCUACCAAGCGUCUUAAAGAAUCAGAAGCUGCUUAUAAAACUGCUUUAAAUCAUCGCAAGAAUUAUCCGGACUGUUAUUAUAAUUUGGGCAACUUGUACCUUGAAAUGAAUAAAACAGAAGCAGCUAUAGAGAGUUGGCUUCAGGCUAUCAAUCAGAGUCCUAAGCAUGUAUUAGCGUGGACUAACCUGUUGGCUUUGAUGGAUAACACUGGACAAAUUGACAGAGCGUUAGAAAUCAUACCGAAGGCGUUAAGUGAAUUGCCAAACGCUCCCGCCGUAAAUUUUGCCAUAGCCAACAUGUAUGGAAAGCUGAGCCGGUACGAGGACGCAGAAACACACUUCCUUAAGGCGAUUCGGUUGUUUGACAAGGAUAUCAAGGCGAUACACUACGCCAACCUAGGAGUACUUUAUCAUCGAUGGAAAAAAUAUGCUCUGGCAGAAGAAAUGUAUACUAAAGCAUUAAAAAUUGACCCUUCGUUCAAGACUGCUCAAAAAAAUCUUGUAUCUUUACAGAAACGUAAAAAUAAAUAGAUGAACUAGUAUUACAGUGGGUAUUUAUUAUGUAAAAAGUAGAAUGUGCUUAGAUUAUACCAUACGAUUAAAUGUUACCUUUGCCAGUGUUUUAAAUUAAUAUGAUUACUAAGUUACAGUUCACCACACAUCAAAUAAAU